AGCUUGCGGAUUUCGCUUUCUUGGCGCCGUGCUUCUUCCCAGGCCGGCGCUUAUCCCUUUCCUUCCGCUUCGGGACCACCAUGUUUGUUCCCUGCGGAGAAUCGGUUCCCGACCUCGCGGGUUUCACCCUCCUGAUGCCAGCUGUGUCUGUUGGAAAUGUUGGCCAGCUUGCAGUAGAUCUGAUUAUUUCUACACUGAAUAUGUGUAAGAUUGGUUACUUCUAUACCGAUUGUCUUGUGCCGAUGGUUGGAAACAAUCCGUAUGCAACUGCAGAAGAAAAUUCAACGGAACUCAGUACAAAUGCUGAAGUAUAUUCAUUACCUUCAAAGAAGCUAGUGGCUCUACAGUUAAGAUCCAUUUUUAUUAAGGUUAGUAUGUUAUAUUUGCCUUUUUAUCAAGUUAAUUGUAUGAUUGUUUCUAGUACUCCCUUCAGGUACCUACUUACACCUUCCAUGCAAAAAAGUGUUCAAAAUAAAAUAAAGAGCCUUAACUGGGAAGAAAUGGAAAAAAGCCCACGCAUUCCUGAAAUAAGUGAUUCUGAGUUUUGUGUCCGUAUUCCUGGAGGAGGUAUCACAAAAACACUCUACGAUGAGGGCUGUUCGAAAGAAAUCCCAGUGGCGGUUCUGCUGAAAUUUGUUUCAGAAGGAGACAAUAUCCCAGAUGCAUUAGGUCUUGUUGAGUAUCUUAAUGAAUGGCUUCAGAUAAUCAAACCACAUAGCGAUGACCCCACAGCAUCUGCCUUGCCCUGGAAAAUACCAAGUUCUUGGAGAUUACUCUUUGGCAGUGGUCUUCCCCCUGCGCUUUUUUGAUCUGUUUUCAGUUUUAUGCUUCAUGUCCCAAGAUACUUAUUACCAACCCAACUGUUAAACAACUAUGUGAAAAGU